AAUUCUGCAAGUGGUUCUGAUUUACUGUCGCUGUAUUCUAGCUGGUCUAAAACCGAUUUUGACAUAAAGGGACGCUUUUUGGAUGCCAUUGACAUUUCUGAGUUUCAAGGCAGAAAAAACAGUAAAAAUGCAGGCAGGGCACAGGACAAAGCAGUAGGGACAAAAUGUAUGUGAAAUGCUUUGAAACAAUGAUGUUUUAAAAAUGUCAGUUUUUAAAAUUUUCAAAUUUGCUACCGGUUCCAGCCCCCCCGUACGUCCCGACACUCGCAAGGACCGGAACCCGGAAGACGGAUGCCGGCAUCGGCCGGAGGAGAUGGCCGGGGACGCUGCAGGGGACACAU